ACCGAUAACAUGUCCUCCGGUUGAAGAAAGGGCUAGCAAGGAAGCGAACUGUUUAAUAUUACUUGCAAAGUUCAACGGAGGAGAUGUCGCUACUGUACAAAGCUCAGGCCGCUUAGAGUAACAGCCACAGCUGCUGCUGAAGUAGAUAGUUUGUAGAAAUCGUGAUUAUUUCAAAGGAAUGAGCGACACGGAAGUCGUCCAGCUGGCUAGCGAAAAAAGUAGCUAGCUAGGCUAGUUGUCGUUAGCACGGGAGUUCUUUGUUUUGUUUUUCAGCUGGAGGUCCCUGUGUUCACGAAGAGAAACUGGUGUCGACAGCUUUAACAUUUAACGUUGAUGGAGACGUUUUAGAAUAAUGUACAUGGUAUAUUUAGCAAUGUGUAGUUGAACUACUAGUUAAUGAUCAGAGGGAUAUAUUGGACAAAACUAUCAUUAGCCACCGAGAGCAACUUUAGCAAGAGAGAGAGAUCCGAUUUUUAACGUUGGGCAGGACCGGGCUGGAGACACGAAGACAUGGGCAACUGUCUCAAGUCUCCCACAUCAGAUGACAUCUCUCUGCUUCACGAGUCCCAGUCAGACAGGGCGAGUUUCGGCGAGGGGACAGACCCGGACCUGGAGCCGCCUCCUCCGUACCAGGAGCAGGCUCACAUGCCCAUGUACCACCCCACACCUAGUCAGGCCCGCCUGGCCACCCAGCUGACAGAGGAGGAGCAGAUCCGCAUAGCUCAGCGCAUUGGCCUCAUCCAGCACCUCCCGAAGGGUGUUUACGAUGGAGGGAAGGACGGCUCAGAGAAGAAGAUCAGAGAAUGCGUGAUCUGUAUGCUGGAUUUUGUUUAUGGGGACCCCAUCCGAUUCCUGCCGUGUAUGCACAUCUACCACAUGGACUGUAUAGACGACUGGCUGAUGAGGUCCUUCACCUGCCCCUCCUGCAUGGAGCCCGUGGAUGCUGCCCUGCUCUCCACCUACGACGAGACCAACUGAUGUUUCACCCCUCCUCCUUAAAGCUUAGAUCAAACACACACACACACCCAACAAUGGCCCUCUGGUAGAGUGAGAGGAGCUAAAAAAAAAACAAGUUAACUUUUCUUGCACUUUGAAAAAUUCAAAAUUUGCCACCCAAAUGUUGGCCCUCCAUGUCCUCUGGUCUAAAUAAUAAGCUGGUCUUAAACAUCAGUUACACAAACUGUUUACAGGCAACACUAUGUGUGUGUGUGUGUGUGUGUGUGCGUGUGCGUGCGUGUGUGCGUGCGUGUUGCUGACGGGGAGGGUGUGUGUGAGCUGUUUGAUGACUGUGCAUUUCCGCUUGAGCCGGUCUCAGUGGCCCCCCCCCAAACUGACCCCAGUUCACCUUCAUUCCCAGUUAGUCAUCAUUAAAAUGGAUAAUAAGGUCAACAGGUGAUCGACCAAAAUGCUACGAGUUGUCGCUAGAAAUCUGUUGGAUUCAAUUUGAAGCUUUCUGUGGCAACAGUAAGACUUCCUCAACAAAGUGAUCUCUGAACAUGUGCUCAGAGGCAUGGGAAUAAACAGCAUACAUUUACACUGUUGUUAGAAGAAAUCACUCUCCAGCUUGUUAGGAUUACAAACAAAGAAACCCCUCAAAGAUAAAUGUACACCUACAGGAGAUCAAGGCGACGGGAUGUUCGGCUGCUCCAAAUGGCCGGACUUUAAAGAAAAUGCUUUGAGUCGAAGGGAAUGUGACGUCUGACGGGAACGUUCCUCGAGGCGGUGUUUUAAAGUAGCUGGCAGCCAAAGUAAAGGGCUCAUUGGUGCAUGGGCAGGGUCAGUCAAAAAUUAGAAAAUGCUUGCACACACUUUUCAUCUGAUCCAGAGAUUUGCACUUUACUUAUAGGACAGUAUCUAAACAAUAUAUUAAUAUAUGUACCUUAUAACCUUGCACUAUCAAUCCUUCAUUUCCUGAGAUGCAAAAGUUCUAUAACUGAAAAGGUAUUUUCAAAGCUGUCAGUAGUCACUUAUCACAUCGAGGUAAACCUGAAGAUGUAUUUAAUGAAAUCUGUGCUUCAGUAGUAUGAGCCUCCACUUUGUUCCGCUUGACUUUUCAUUCUUGUGUGUGUUUGUGUGGAAAUGAAGGGACAGAGGCUUGCUGCGGUUUAAAGGAGAAGUUAAACAUCUUGACACAAGAAGACAUCAAUCUGAUUCUGUGCGUUACGUUUCUCCUGGAGCAAGGAGGGGAUUAGCUUAGCAUAGCAUAAAGACUAAGCCGGGGUAAACUGCUAGCAUGGCUCCGAAGCUGCGUCCUCAGAAAUGUAAGCGAAGGCGUGGUUAAAAAAGCAAGCGUAUCUCCGGUAGCUGGGAGUAAAGUGUUCAAUAAACCAUUUAAGUACAAGAUAUAAUGUGUUAAUAAUGAACUAGAGAGUGCUGGGUGGCUUUUUUAUUUUUUACUUUGGAGGGCUAAGCUAGCUGUUUCCCCCUGCUUCCAGUCUUUAUGCUAAGCUAAUAGCCUCCCUCAUCUAGCUUACUUGGCGUACAGACAUGACGAAGGUAUCAAUCUGCUCAUCAAAGCUAAGAAGCAUUUUUCACAAAUGUUGAACUGCUCCUUUAAGGGGAAAAAAAGAGGCUAAAUUUGAAGCAAACUUGAAACUCUUAGAUUUUGAAUCCACAUUAGUACAAAGUCAUUUUCUUUAUUUGUCACAUUUUUUUUUAGUUUUAUUCCACUAUAAUUGUUUCCUUAUUUCCAUUCACUGCAGCAGUAGUUGCAAACAUUUCCUUUUGAUUCGUGACAUCGUUUGAUGAAAGUGUGGCUGUAUUUUUCUGUUUCCUGUGUUUUAUCGUUUUUGUUACAUUUGUGUAAAUUCCACUUUGUAUUUAGGACAGUAAGUCAAUAACUCUUCCACUGGUUUAAGCCUGACUGUGCAAACCUCUGUCCCAAAUGAAUUUCAGAGUAUGAGAGACUUCUUUUAUCGUGUGAUAGUCACAACAGAGACUUUCAUUAAGCUUUUCCUUUGCUGUGUUUUUCAUCUUAAGUUUAUUCUGAAAAUUAUGUCCUGUGAUCUUGUUUUAUUUGUUUC